CUCGCCAGUGCGGCAGACUUUCCUGCCCCACAGCUGCGUUUUUCCGCGAGGCUGCGCAGGGUGACAAAUUGAGGGCGAGCAGUCAAAGCGGUUUGCUCCUCCGCCCUUACUCCCCGGCGGUUCAGAGGCGGAGCUAUCAUAGUGUGUGUGUGUGGUUUUGUGUGGUUUUUUUUUUUAUUUCUUCCCCGACAACCGGCAGCCAAUUUCUUAGCAGCGCUUUCGAUCUUGGCGCGCAAGCUGUUGGUUCUCCCUCAGCCUUCCCGCAUCUUUUUCUCUCUCUCUCUCUCCGCUGCUCCCUGCGCGGAAUUGCCAUGGCUGUCUGGAGCGGGUCCGGUUCCGUCCCGGCAACCUUGGUCAGGCCCAGCUUGACCUCCGUCUCUUCGGGAGAGGUGCAGAGCCUUCGGACGUGCAACUGCGAGAUGGCGGUGUUACCGCUGCGGCAGCUGCUCUCCCUACAACCAGAUUCCUUUCUACUGCAAGGGGACACUCUGGCGGUGCUGAGUCCGCUCCACCUCCGGCCCGAAGGCGGCUUCACGGUGAUAAGCGACGGGUUUUUCCAGCUGGAUGGCCGGCAGCAGUGCAGGCUCACCGGCUACUUCAAGAGGCACAUAGAGUUGAAUAGCCAUCAUGAUUACAAAAACUACAGAGAGACUAUAUUGGGUCGACCAUUGGUGUUUAUCAUUAACGUCAGAACAAAAUAUAAUUCUUCAAAAGAAAAAACGUACGCUUUGCUUGUGAAUACUCGACACCCAAAGAUGAGAAAGCAAAUCGAGAACAGCAUGAAUAAUGUAAUAUCAUCCGUGUUUGGGGAAAGCUAUAAGCUUCAGUUUAACUUCCAAGAUGUUGUAAAGAAGUUUUUUCCUUCAAACACCUGUCUGGUUCAUGAAGAAAGUUUAAGUUUCUCCUAUGAGUUCAAAACUGAUGCCUUAUUCGAUUUCUUUUAUUGGUUUGGGAUCAGCAAGAGAACUGUUUCAAUGAAUGGGAAAGUUCUUAAUUUAUCAAGCACCAAUCCAGAGAAGAAAGAAAUUAUAACUAAGUUUCUGGAUAAAAUGAGUGAACCAAAUUUGCGUUUAAACAGCUUUUCAGACAGGAAGUUCAGCAUUAUCUCUAGAGUUUUAAUAGAUGAUGUGUUUAAUGGCAACUUGACAUCACAAUCAACUUGGAUGGAUUCUCCUUUAGCUCUCUGGACAGUUUCAGGGUCUCAGAAGUCUGGAGACAGGUCAAGUAUCGAAGUCUGAUUUUCUUAACAUCGAGAAAGAUAUAUUGAAAAAAGAAGGAAGAUAACCACACUGGGAUUAUCUUAUUGCAGAAUGCAAGGAAUUUCUGCCUUCUGUGGCAAAUAAUAGGAUGUAUCUGCAUUCUAUGUUGCUUUCGUUGAUUUCAGGGCAAGACUCCUGAUUACUAAAGGGUUGUUUACAGACCUGGUUCUACAUUUUACAUUAAAGGCUGUUGAAGCCUAGAAUUAUUGGUAUUGCAGUUAUCCGUAUAGGUAGAAUGAUUUUAAAUCCUGGAUUAUUUCAUCAGUUUCUAAAUAACUGUCAGGUUUUCAGAAUCAUGGAAAAAUACAUUAUUUUUGUGAUUGCUCCAACAUUUAUCAUACCCUGGCAAGAUGUUAAUUCCAAACAGCUUUGAAUUGUAAGUAGCUAUGACAGAUAGUACUAUGAAUUGUACUUGGGUUUGGUUUUUUUUUUGUAAAAUGGAUGGUAUAGAACUGGCAGGAGGAAUACUCGAAUCCAUGUCUUUUGAUCCAGAAGUCAACUGCUAUCAGAAUUUGGUUGUAUUCUGGCUUGGAAAACAUUGCUGCGUGGCCUUUCACUUAUUGGGCAUUAUUUUCACCAGGGUUGUAGUGUGCUUCAGAUUUAAUCCAAAAGGAAAAUUUAGGAUACUCAACAGAACAUCUGUCCAAUUCUUUAAAUCUUUUCCAGGAUUAUGUGGCUGCAAGUUGUUGUGCUCUCCUAGGAAAAGACAGACUGCUUUAAAUAACAGCAGACAGAUGCUACAUUAUGCACUCCAUAUUUCGUUGUAAUUGAAUCCAAAGAGGUGUGCAUGCAUUCAUUUGUACAUCUCAAUUUCAGAAUAAACAGUCUCUACAGAUUCUACUUGAAUAUGUAAACAUAACACAUAGAGGUGCUUUGAAUCAGAGCUUAUUAUGUUGGAAGGUUAUAGAAAAUGUUAGUGUUAUGUACUCCAUAGUAAAUGGGAGGUGCAAGAGCUGAAUGGUGGUGAUUUAAGGAGUCACCUUGGGGCUACCUGAUGAAUAUUUUUCUUUUUCUUUAUGACAUAGCAUUAAAACACUUGUUUUGAUAGAUGAAGCAUAAUUUUUCUACCAUGAAAAACUGACCUUGUUAAAUUUGAAUUGCAUGGUAUAUUUUGGGCUUAUAGCAGCCUUUCUCACUGAUGUCUUUUAGAGCUUCAGCUUCUAAACUUCCCACUGAAUGGCCACCUGGCUGUAGGCCCACCCAAUGUGGAGAGUGCCAGCAGGUUUAAAGAAUGACUGAAAUGAAUAUGCCAUAAAAAGUAACUUCUUUUUUUCUUAGUAUGCUUUUUUUAUUAUCAAUUUAAAUGUCUACAUCUUAAGGAAUGCAAUAUUCAGUCUCUUUAUAUUGAAGAAACCUCAUGUAUAAACAAUUGCCUAAUCAGUGCCUUCUGUAUAUCAUUGUUUUACAAUAAACAGAGAUAUGGAUCUUU